AUGUCGAACGCCGGCCUUUCCACCCACGGCCUCUCGCCUCUCUCGCAGAGCAUCGAGUCCAACACGCCGGCCGAUCAGCGCGACGAUGCGAAGCGCAACUUUCUCCUGAAGAUGCGACCCAUGCCCACUCAGCACUACUGGAACAUCUACUUUGACAGACCACCCAAGGAACACUCGGCCGAUGAGGCCGACUACACUGUCCAUCUCGAGCAGCUCGAGAUCCAGAUCGCAUCUGUCCAGGACUUUUGGCGCUACCACAACAACACACCCGUCGAUCGUAUCCAGAUGCGCGAGUCCAUAUACCUCUUCAAGGAAGGCUUCCGACCCGUCUGGGAGGACCGCCGCAACCUCAACGGCGGCAGCUGGACCUUUCGCGUCCCCAAGGCGGCCGGCCCCGACUUCUGGACCCGCAUCCAGAUGCUGGCCAUUGGCGAGCAGCUCCAGAGCGCCCUCGCCGACGGCGACCAGCUCUGCGGCGUCGGACUCUCGGUCCGCUUCAGCUCCCAUCUCAUCACCGUCUGGCACCGUGACUCGUCCAAGCAGAAAUCCAUCGACGGCAUCAUCGCCUGCGUCAAUGCCGAUCUGCCGCCGGAGUUGCAACCGAAGCCUGACACGUACUACUACAAACGCCAUUGCGACCACGCCGGCUUCAAACCAACCACACCCAGCGUGCCAUCGCAGCAGCCGUAA